ACUACGGCUUUCCAGACCUAACAGAGAAAGCGAGGCCCAUGGAGGACACCAGCCAGGCUCAGGAGCUGCCGAGCCUCCCCUCUCCCUUGCCCAAGAUGAAUCUGGUUGAGCCCCCCUGGCAUGUGCCUCCUGAAGGGGAGGAAGAUCAGGAGGAAGAGGAGGAGCAGGAGGAGGAGAGGGAGACAGAAGAGGAGGAGGAGGAGGAACAGCAGGAGGAGCAGGAGGAGGAGCAGGAGCAGGAGCAGCUGCAGCUGCUCCCAAUGAACAGAUCCCAAGAAGAAGCCAAGAGUCAGGCCCGAGACUUUUCUCCCACCAGCAGCAGCCAGACUUCAGGGGCCACCAAGCAUGGGCAUGAAGAUUCUGGGGACCAGGCCUCAUCGGGUGUGGAGGUGGAGAGCAGCCUGGAGCCCAGUGUGUCGGCAUCCUCAGUCACCUCAAGUGCAGUGACCCCAGGGGAUCAGGCCCUCACCAGCCAGGAGGCAGGGGGCAUGGUGCUGCCGGCUGCUGGGCUUGGGGUGGAGGCUGAGGCCCCUCAGGAAAAAAGCGAGGAGGCCCCUGUGGGCACAGCGGGGUUGGCCGGCAAGCAAGGCGAGGUGCCAUCCUUGGCUUCAUUCCCUCAAACUGAAGCUCCAAGCAGGGCCAGGGCCCCAGAUGAAGAUCGCCUCUACCCCAGAACCUCAGCCUCUUUCCCAUUGGCCCCCCAAGACAUGGAACUGACACCUUCCUCUGCUAUCUUGGGGCAGGAAGAUCUCAGCCAGCAGCCCCUGGACGGGCAGGCAGCUGAAACUCAAUCCAGAAUCCCCUGGGAUUCUACUCAGGUGAUCUGCAAAGACUGGAGCAACCUGGCUGGGAAGAACUACGUCAUUCUGAACAUGACAGAGAACAUAGACUGUGAAGUGUUCCGGCAGCACCGGGGGCUGCAGCUCCUGGCCCUGGUGGAAGAGGUGCUGCCCCGUCACGGCAGCGGCCACCACGGGGACUGGCAUAUUUCCUUGAGCAAGCCCAGCGAGAAGGAGCAGCACCUUCUAAUGACGUUGGUGGGCGAGCAGGGGGUGGUACCCACCCAAGAUGUCCUUUCCAUGCUGGGCGACAUCCGCAGGAGUCUGGAGGAGGUAAGAGAGCAAGGACUUGGACAGUUAGCUGUGCUGUGCUCCCUCCCAUCCCCAUUCCUCAAAGCCUUGGGGACAGCAUGGCCAGGCCCAAGGACAGGAGGCUGCCCACACAGCGAGGGUCAAAGGAGCAAAAGGCAGACCCAUGCUCUGGGGGUCUCCUCGUCCCAGGACUUCCUGAGACACAGUUCCAUGGGCAGGACAGAGCAGAGGCUACUUCACCAGCUAUGCAGUAUAUGUAAUGUCCAGGGGCAGGAGGAGCUCAGAGGGUGUGGGGGCUGUGACAGGAGGGUGACAGGACAGGGCUUGGGGAGUGAAGGUGAAGUGGGAGUUUUCUCAGAGGACAGUGGGAGAAACACCAUGUGGAAUCUGGUGGAAGGGGACAGCAUGCUGAGGCAGGAGCCACUAGCCCGGCACCCCCACUCACAUGGGAGUCUACCAGCGCUUGUCCAGCCAGGGGCCUGCUGUGGUGGGCCAUGGGGCUCAUGACAAGGAGACAUCCCUGCCAUCCUGGGAGGCAGUCUGCUGGAUGCCUGGCCUGGCGAGACCUGGGUGGAGGAGACAGCUGGCCAGCCUCUCCUCCUGAACUGUUGCAGAGGCUUGGGUGGGGAGGGGCAGGGUCCCCUCGUCCUCCUGCUUCUCACAUCACCUCCCUUCUUGAGAACAAACACCAUCUCCAGCAAAACUACCUUCACUCACUGCAGACCCAAUGGCCUGCUAUCAUCAGUCCUCUUCAUUCUUGAGGACUCUGCAGUACCUCAUGGCAAAGAUCAACGUGUCUAAUCAUGGGCAGUUUCCUUACCUGCUGUGUACAGGGCGAGUGAUAGUUUUGGUGGUGGUGGUUUUUGGUAAGCAUAUCAGAUGCUUCCUAAGUGACAGACUCUGCAUUGGGUUCUCUCACUUAGGCCAGACCACAUGGCUGCAAGGGUCAAAUAGGGCAACCUAUGAGAACUGUUGGGAUCCCCAUUCAAGAUGUGAGCUGAAGCCCAGAGAGGUUAGGUGACUUGCCUGAGACUGCACAGCUAAUAAGCAGGAGAGCCAGGCUUUGGACCAAGCUGUCUGAUUCUAGAGCCUGGGCCUUUCAGCACACUGCUCUACUGGCUGGAUGGCCAUGGAGGACCUUUCCUGUUCUGAUAUUCUGGGUUCAUGAACAGUGGGGGACUGGUGGAAACCUGGGCUGGCUUUUGCCUUUUUAUACAGACCUUCCUACCUCUUCUCCAUGCCCCUGCGUACUCUGGCCUUGCUGGGCACUUAACUCAGACUGACUUGGCCAAAGGCAUACUGGAUCUUUGGAACUACAAGGGUCUUCAAAAAGUUCAUGGAAGAUUUGUA